CCUGCCCCGCACUUCCCCUCCUUGGGGUCCCACUUCCCAGCCCCCUCUGCAGCCCUUGGGGUCCGAGCCCGCUCCCCUCCCUCCCCUGGCAGACCCGCAGCUGCGGCCGCCUCCCGCCCCUCCCCCUCGCCCGCCACAAAGCGACGGACGCGGCAGUGACGGACGGCGCCUCCCGCCCCGCGCCACCGCCAGCCGCGACCCCGCGCGAUGCUCCGGUCUCCUGCCCAGUCCCCUCCCCGCCCUGGUCCCAAGGGCAACUCGAUCCCCGUGCCGGUGACCUCUUCCUUCGGGGCCCUCCUGGGUCCGGGUCCCGCAGUCCCCGCCCCGGAGCGGCUGAAGGUCUGAGGUCUGCAGGACGAGCUGCGGGACACGCAUGGAAAGCCUGGUCUGACACCAGCCCAUUUCGGGGACACCGAUGGCCAAGUGGCUCCGGGACUAUCUGAGCUUUGGCGGCCGGAGGCCCCCGCCACAGCCACCCACCCCCGACUACACCGAGAGCGACAUCCUGCGGGCCUAUCGAGAGCAGAAGGACCUGGACUUCGAGGAUCCUUACGAGGACGCCGAUGGCCGCCCAGAGCCGGAGCCCGCCGGGCCUGGGGACUCCAAGUAUGACUCUCCCAGGCACCGACUGAUCAAAGUGGAGGCUGCGGACAUGGCCAGAGCCAAGGCCCUGCUGGCCAGCCCCGGGGAGGAGCAGCCCGAAGCAGACACAGAGUACUCGGACCCUUUCGAUGCCCAGCCUCAGCCGCCAGCCCCGGAUGAUGGGUACAUGGAGCCCUAUGAUGCUCGGAGCGGCUCAAGCGAACGGCCAAGCAGAGCUGUCCAGCUUUACGAUACUCCUUACGAAGAACAGAAUGCAGAGCCGGAAGAUGGAGCGUCUUCCGGCCAGAGCCGGCUGCCCCUGGAGGACGAGAGGCCGGCAGAUGAAUAUGACCAGCCUUGGGAGUGGAAAAAAGAUCACAUCUCCAGGGCUUUCGCAGUACAGUUUGAUGGUCCUGACUGGGAACGGACCCCAAGCUCGAGCAAGGAGCCUCGGAGACCGCAGCCUGCGGAGCGCGUGGACGCAGCCCUGACCCUGGAGAAGCAGCCGUGGUUUCAUGGGCCCCUGAGCCGUACAGAGGCCGAGAACCUUCUGUCCCUCUGCAAGGAAGGCAGCUACCUAGUGCGGCUCAGUGAGACCAGGGCUCAGGACUGCAUCCUGUCCCUCAGGAGCAGCCAGGGUUCCAUGCACCUGAAGUUCACGUGGACCCGGGAGAACCAGGUGGUGCUGGGCCAGCACAGCGGGCCCUUCCCCAGCGUGCCGGAGCUGGUCCUGCAUUACAGUGCCCGCCCGCUGCCUGUGCAGGGGGCCCAGCACCUAGCCCUGCUCUACCCCGUCACCGGCAGCCAGAGCUCCUGAGGGACCCGGCACGCUGGCUGCCAGGUCAGAAAGAGGACAGGGGGACCCACAAUGCAGACUCCCUCCAAGCCAAAUAUAAUGCCCUUUUUUUUGGGGGGGGGUCCAGGGACCCCUCUCUGUGACCAAGCCAAACCUGUGAGUGGGCUUGACCGGUUUAAAAAAAAAGGCUCUUGCUUCCAGGAAUGAGGGGUUCAAUCCCGGGGCAGAGAGCAGACACGUGCAAGUUGUCCUCUGAUUUACACACAAGUCACACGCCAUAAAUUAAUAAAUAAAUGUAAUAACAAUGAA